AUUGCUACAUGGAGAUAAAAGUAAGGAAUCCCAAGUUCUCCCGAGUAUUAUAAAGCCUCGUAGCCACAUAAAUUUUCACACCACACCCACCAAAACAAACACAAUUUCUUCCUAAAUCCAUCGUAAGCUCUCUAAGUCGUCGGCCAUGGCUGUCAACGGAGACUCCUCCACCACAAAUUCCGACUCUCAACCCACUUUUCCCCUUCAUCUCUGCUUCUUCUUUCUCAUCCUCUUCAUGUUCUUGGCCUUCUCUUGGUACUCGACUUACGAGUCGGCUGUCGAAGGCGUUUUCGAUCAGCUCAAGCUCCUUCUCAUCAUCUCGCCACUCCUCCUCCUCCUCCUUGUCCACUGGCUCUCCAAUGGUGAAAACGGCCGCCUACCGCCCCUCGUCCCCUUACCGGAAAAGGACUCGCUCCACCGUGCAGGAGGGACGCCGUGGGGGGUCGGGUUUAUGUUGGUUAUUCUUCUUUUCAUGAUCUCUUACCAAUCUUACUUCCAAGAACGGUGGUUUCCUAUGUUGAGCCGGUGAUCGGACAGUGUAUUGGAAAGUCCGAUCUGUCAUCCCUUGUCGUUGAACAAGAUUCUCUUGGGAUUCUGUUUUUUUAAGACCAAGAGUUUAGUAGGGAUGUGUCGGAUCUUGUCAGCAUAAUAUUUGUUUAUGUUAACUGUUCAUGUAAUUAGUUUUUUUUUUUUUU